ACCCGUUACCAAAACAAGCGCUCCCUCCCCAGGUGAUGACGUCACGCAUUCUCCUCAGUGUUUAAUAUGUGGUAUUUGAGUAGCAAAUUCUGACUAGCAUUCAGCCUCGUUUUCAAACAUGCUCUGAUUUUCCAGCAGGCAGGUGUGGAGGACAGAGAUGGCAGUGUGUGCACUGACCAUGUUGGAUGGGAUGGAGGAGGAGGUAACAGCAGCAGGCGGCGUGUUGCUCCUGGUCCUGGCCCUCAUCUUGGCUUGGCUCUCCACUCAUGUGGCUGAUCGGGGAGACCACAUACUGGGCACCAUCCUCACUGUGGGUGCUCAUGCCUCUCUGAUCGGACUGGGAGGUCACGACAGCUACGGUGGAGGGUCUCCCAGCACUGACACCCCUGAACAGCAGACUCCUGCACCUUCACAGGAGAACAAGCCAGAUGAUGGCGAGCAAGGGACUGAGAGAGGAGAGGGGGAGGGAGCAGAGGGUGUUAGGACAGAUCUGCUCCUGGACAUUCAGAGCAAACAACCGCAGGCUGGAGGACUACAUACUUCUGAUGAGGAGGAUGAAGAAGUUGACGAGGAGGAGGAUGAGGAGUCGUCGCUAGAAGAGGAAGAUAAAAAGGUUAUAAAGUCUAUGACAGCUUUGACCAAUACCAUCGCCACAUCCACAACUUCUUCUACCACUUCCAUUUCUGUCCGACUUAAGUUUUUAAAUGACACGGAGGAGGUGGCUGUUGUAGAACCAGAGGAUACAGUGGGAGUACUGAAAAGUAAAUACUUCUCAGGUCGGGAGCAUCAGAUAAAACUGAUCUACCAAGGCCAGUUGCUGCAGGAUCCCAAGAAGACUCUGUUAUCGUUAAACAUCACACACAACAGCGUGAUCCACUGCCACAUCUCCCAGGUUCUGCACGAGGCCAGUGCAGAGGAAGGGGCACAGCCUGGAGCAGGAGUUGGGUCUGGGGUCUCUGGGGGAUUCAGAGCUGCAGGUGUGGCCAUCAGCACCAGCAGCCUGGUGGUUCCUGUGUUCGUGGUGAUACUGGCUGUGGUGUGGUACUUCCGCAUCAACUACAGGCAGUUCUUUACAGCUCCUGCGACCAUCUCCCUCGUGGGAGUCACUGUGUUCUUCAGCUUUCUGAUAUUUGGGAUGCACAGCCGCUGAAAAGGCAGAGAUGGCACACGCUUACAGCUGAAUGUUUUGAGGUACAAUAAAAAUAACUAUAGCUGGUGGGCGAGUGUCUAGAGAGAUGGACUAAUCAAAAAAAAGGUCCUCGGUGCAGAUACCACAGCUGAUAGGAGUGUGAGUGAGUGUGUGGGUGGUUAGGUGAGCCUGUUUGUGCAUGUACCAAGAUAAAAAAAAAAAGUGUGAUUGUACAGUAUAUAUGGGUAAAUAAUAAUCUGCAGUGAGUGAAAUUCUGCUUAAACUGAACCAUAAUUUAGCUUCUCUUCAAACCUGACUUAGUGGUUCACACCAUGUUUUAACAGUCUGGCUUUAUCUUGUCUGUUUUUCUUGUUGUUAGUCCAGUUUCUGUGUUUUAAAAAACUUAACUGAUAGAUGCAAGAAUCUAAAAUCUUUUGGAACCACUCACUGUUGUGCUGUGUGUGCCAGUUUGACUCUUAGUACCAUUAUUUUGUGUUAUAUGAAUGAUUCAAGUUCUUUAUAAGCAAAUAUAAACUAUACAGCUGCCUCGGUGCUAGGCUGAAAAGUUCAGAUAUUUUUGUUGUUCAACAAUGUUGCUAUGUAGAAACGGGCUAAUUUAAAUAAUCAGUUAGACAUGACAGAGACUUUUCGAGAAGAUAUUGUAAAUAUAUUGUGUAUUUUCUGUAAAUAAAAUGAUCGAAUGAAUCAGAUGAACCUGCAUCUGGCACUUAAAGAUUUGGAGGGGGAUAUCAAACCCUCCUGAUUAUGCUGGACUGCUCUGGCUUCAGUGAUGUCUCAAAUUAAAGCAUUUCAAACCAAA